CUACCUCUCUUUUGUAGGUUGUAGGUUAGGUAUGUUUUGCGAAAGUUAAUUUAAUAAUAAUAAGAGAACAGCUGUAAAUAUAAAGUACAAUAAUAAAUAAUCAUUCGCCAAUAAACGGAUAUUAUAGUGUGGGGUUAAUAGCUUACUUCUAUAUUUACCAAUUGUUUAUAUUACAUAAAUAAAUAUCCUGUGUCGUUGGUAUUUUGUAAAACAAUGUUGUACGAUAAUUUUAAACCCAUCGUAGAUACAAUAUUUAAUAACUGGACAGCGCUUCAAUUAGCUGUUGAACAAGGAAUGGGUGCACCGGGCGGAGAAAAGACAGCUCAACUUAUGUCUGUCUAUGUAGCAAGGUAUUGUGUGGAGAAUGUAGUUGAUGUUGAUGAACUGGCUGAAGUCCUGGAAGAUCUUAUGGAUGAGGAGUUUGAUACAGCAUGCCAUGACAAUUCACCAAAAGAAAUAGCAAUAGUAUUGCUGAAUUUCUUAGAACUACUAAAAGCCGGCCACUAUGAUGAAGUAAGAAAUAGGAUGGAGGCACUUCCGCCUUGCCAAAAAUGGCUGAGUACACCCAUACAAACUGAAGUACCGCCACAGUCUCAUGGCAAUCCUGAUGACGACACAACAAGUAGUAGCAGCGAUGAAGAACAAAAUGAUGUGAAUGGAGCUGUAGGUGCUCCUACCAAUGGCGCUGUACCAAUGGAAGAAGACGAAGUGGGUCCAGGUUGGACACUUGUCAGAACAAGAAGGAAGAAAUAAAUCAAAAAUAUUUUGAAUACAUAUUGUUAAUAUGUAUUAAAGUAAUAUUGUAACAUUUCACAGAAUUAUGUUGCUAAAAUACAGAUUAAGUGUUGAAUCUGAUCAAUAUUAUAUAAUAUAGCAUAAUGAAUAUAUUUUUGCAACAUUGUUUUUAGAAACUUUUCGUUAUUUAAUGACAAUUGACACAUGUAUGAUAAAUAUGGAUAUGCCUUCAACAGAGGCAUAUUCAUAUAAAGCAAAACGAAAAGGUUUUAUUUGUGAACAAUUACACUUAAAUGAGUAAAAAAUACCAUUGGUGAUGAAUUAUUGUUUUUCACGUUUACAUAGUCACUGACCUGUCAGUGACUAUGUAAACGUGAAAGCCAACGUAAUGGAGGAUAUCCUGAUAUCCUCCAUUACAUUGGCUUAUGAUAAGCACUUGAUUGCAAGCACCAUGUCUGUAGGUUGAGUCGUGAUAUAGGAUAUCUGUGACUAUAGUCCGACACCUUUGUGCGCGGGUAGCGUGUUUCGGCAGUCUCACGGGUUGCCCUUCCCCGCAACACUACCCACUGACAUCUGAGUACCCCGUCCCCGCCACCGUGUGUCACCUCGUGCGACGGUCGCGCAUGAAGUUGUCGGACUAUAGGUAAUAAUAGUAAAAGUUUAUAACAAACAAAAAAUUAUAUACACCAUUGUUAUAGUUUUUGAUUACCAAAAAAGGUUGGGCUGUGUAGUUGGUUAAGAGAGAAUAAUAAUUAAACAUUUCGUUUUUUGUAUCUACUAAAAAUAACACUAAAAAUCUGCAUAUAUUCACUAACCUAUUAAAAAUAUUACUUAUGUAAAUUAAUUAAAAUGUAUUGAUACAUAGGAAUCCUUCUGGUGAUCAAUUUAGACCUGCAAUUUAUAGUGACAAUUAUUGUAAGUUGUAUAAACUCACAUAUUGAUUUGCCACUUUUGUGGGAUAAAGUGAUUUUUUUAUUAUUUUUCUCAUAAAUGUGAUCAGUCAUUCAAACCAGUUUAUUUUUGGUAAUUUUAAAGUAAUGGUGAGUAGUUGGUAUAUUAUAAUAUUUAUAGUUAUUUAAGUUUUUAUUUGUUAUAUUAAGUAAUUAUAAAAAAUGAAUAUGAA